GGGAACUUGCAACGACCAUUCACGGCUCGACUUUUCCCGUGUUGGGUUUCCUCUUUCAGCUACUUUUCAACGCUGGUGAUGGCGAGUUAGGAGGAGGAGGAGAGGAGGAGGAGGAGAUUCGUCGUGUCGUGGAUCGCCCGCCGCCGCCUCUCGCUUGCUCGACGAGGACGAGGCUAAUUCCGUAACCCUCGGAGGCGGUUACCCGCGCACACAUCGCCUCCACUCGCCGCAACCCCCUUCCCCUCCCCCGCCCACUCCUUGGGCACGUAAAGGCACUCUUAAGUUCGAGGGAGACCUCCAAGUUCUUCCCAUAGUAGAGACAGAGAAUAGAUGGGCACCGAGGGUUCCCGGGUGGUCGUUCCAAGAAACUUCAGAUUGUUGGAAGAGCUUGAGAGGGGAGAGAAGGGUAUUGGUGAUGGUACGGUCAGCUAUGGAAUGGAUGAUGCUGAUGAUAUUUACAUGCGUUCCUGGACAGGGACAAUUAUUGGUCCACACAAUACUGUUCAUGAAGGGCGGAUAUAUCAGCUGAAACUGUUUUGCGAUGAAGACUACCCUGAUAAACCCCCAACCGUUAGGUUCCAGACGCGGAUAAACAUGACAUGCAUCAACCAGGAAACUGGAGUGGUUGAACCUGGCCUAUUUCCGAUGCUUGCAAACUGGCAGAGGGAAUACACUAUGGAGGACAUCUUAAGAAGCUUAAAAAAAGAAAUGUUGGCUCCACAGAACCGGAAACUUAACCAGCCUCCAGAAGGCAAUGCCGAUCAAAGGAUGGAACAGAAAGAUUUAGUGCCGAGGUGUUUAAUCCUUUAGAAGGGAUGGGAAUCUGGUCUAUGAAGAAAUAUCAUCUUGACUAAGCCGAUGAUAUUGGUUAUGGAACACCUGACGGCGACUGCUUGCUUCUUAUGGUAGCCGAGGUUGUGGAGUAAAUAAAACCAUCUUAUAACUGGUAGUAGUGUAUUUGUGCAUAAUAGUGACUUGCAAUCAUGUAACGAGAACAGCUUUUUAUUUCCCAGUCAGAGACUAGUAUGCCAUUGUAAUUGAGUCAGCUGUCAAAUGAUGGUAAGUGCUAUUGUUUUC